UCUCUCUCCAGUAAUAAAGAGUAGUGUAGAAGAAAGUAACAGAGUACAGGGAAAAAAUCGAGCCAGAGAGGCAAAAGCUCAAGACAGGAGGAACUUGUGCCCAAUAUCCCACAAAUGACAUCCACGGCUAAUGUGAACGGGGAACACAACGGACCACCGCGAGCACGGUCGUCCCACCGCCAAUCCCGCGAGCAAUACUACCUAACGUCGUCGUCUUCCUCCGCCUCCUUCAAAGGCUGCUGCUGCUGCCUCUUCCUCCUGUUCUCGUUCUUGGCCCUCCUUGUCCUGGCUGUGGUUUUGGUCAUCGUCUUGGCCCUCAAACCCAAGAAACCCUCCUUCGAUCUCCAACAGGUGGGCGUUCAGUACAUGGGCAUCACCACGCCCAAUCCCUCCGAAACCAAUCCCGCGGCGAACCCCGCCACCUCCGCCUCCCUCUCCCUCAGUAUAAGGAUGCUCUUCACGGCGGUGAACCCCAACAGGGUCGGGAUCAAGUACGGUGAAUCCAGGUUCACCGUCAUGUACCGCGGGAUGCCCUUGGGAAAAGCCUCCGUCCCGGGGUUCUUCCAGGAGGCUCACAGCGUUCGACAGGUGGAGGCAACCAUCGCCGUCGACCGUGUCAACCUGCUCCAAGCCGACGCCGCCAGUUUAGUCAGGGACGCUUCCUUGAACGACCGCGUAGAGCUCAGGGUCCUGGGCGAUGUGGGUGCUAAGAUCCGGAUCUUGAACUUCGAUUCCCCUGGCGUUCAGGUAUCAGUGGACUGUGCAAUAGUGAUAAGUCCAAGGAAGCAGUCUCUCACUUACAAGCAGUGCGGAUUUGAUGGUUUAAGUGUCUGAUCACACUCUCCUCUCUUUGUUUUCUUUUCUUACUCUCCAUAUUUAAGAGCAAAAUGAGGAACCCUCCCAAAAAAAAAAAAAAAAGGAAGGGGGCUGGAAAGGAGAAAACCACCUCUCUCACAUGGAUUGAGUAGCUUUUUACAAAUUUUUAAAGGGAAGAGAAAAGUUUUCCAGAGAUUUUGCUGGGAG